GCUGAACGUCUCCAGCCGCUGCCGUUCUCCAUUCUGUCGCCGCCGCCAACCUCGGUCCUCUUUUGUACCAAUCAAUGCAGAAGCACCAGGGUGAUCGUUCUCGUUCUACUACGUCGGGCGUGACUAUCAAUUGCGUUAGGGAUCUACUGCCAUUCUUGUACCACGUACCAGUCACUUAUGUUUCCGCGAAAACAGAUGCCUGGCUCGACGGAUUCGUCACUCACGGCGGCUACGCCUGCGCCUGCCCCGCCUCCGCCCGCUGCGGCUACCGCGACAAGGUGCUGUCGGCGCUGCAGUUCGAGAAGCACGCGGGGUCGGAGUCGAAGAACCAGAACGGACACAUCCUGCUCCUCAACGGCAAGUCGCUCUACGACCUGUUCCACGAGCUCAGGGACGUGCCCGCCGAGGCCUUCGCGGAGGAGUUCCGGGCGGCCGCCGGGGUACCCAUGACUGUGCCCGCCGCCGAAGCCUCGUCUGCCCCGCCUUCGGCCCAUGACUGGGAAACCGACGGGGUUCAGUUUGACGGCGUGACGGCGGAGCCCCCUUCGGCCCCUUCGCCUGGACGGGGAGACGUGGAAAUGCUGACCGAGGAGAUGGCCAGGUUGUGUCCGCUUGGUUUGGGCAGGGAAAACAGUUCCACGACUGAAUCAGACACUAUGUACGGUGUUGAAGGGCCUGCUGCAGAACAGAUCAAAGAUGAAGCAGGUAGUGACCAUGUGAUGCAUGAUGUUAAAGUGGGAGUGACAGAAAUAAAAUAUCAGCUAGACAGUGACCUUAGAAAUGUUAGAGGAUUGCUUUCCACUGGACUGCUUGAAGGUUUCAGGGUGACCUACAGGAAGGAUGAGGUGGAGAACGUUGGACGGAUAAAUGGACAGGGUUAUUGUUGUGGCUGCCCAAAGUGUAAUUACAGUAGUAAUAUCAUGAAUGCACGUGAGUUUGAGGAGCAUUCUGGUCAGUCAUCUCACAACCGGAAUGAUCACAUCUUCUUGGAUACCGGGAUUUCUCUAUUCAGGCUGGUGAAAGAACUAAAACCUUAUAAGCUUAACAUGCUUGGCGAUUUCAUUGAAGAAAAGAUUGGAUUUGCUCCUAAUUUUGAUGAGUAUAACAAGUGGAAAGCUUCGUUUCAAAAGAGGAAAGAUAAAGAUUAUUUAGAUGCUGUGGCUUCAGGUGGUUGUUCGGCUCAGAGUUCACGGGGGUCGGCUGCAGGGGAGAUGAUUUAUAGUUUGAGAAGCUACUUGAAAGAAUCUGCCAGCAAUACCAUCUCAAACCUUAACUGGAGUGCAUCUAAAAGGCGGUCUGGGAGACAGUUUAGACAAGGAGGCACUGAGACUUCAACUCCAAACUUUAGUGGAAGCCCAGGCAAAGGGGUUUCUGGCCUCUCUACUGGCACCUCAGAGAAGAAAGGCACUGAAGAAACUUGCAGUGAGAACACAGGAGGCCCUCUCAGCAUCGAUGGUGUUAAGUCUGAUUCUCCAGUACCUAAUGUAGUAAGCCCUAACUACUGUAAACAUGAUUCCACAAAUGGGCUUUCUUUAUCAAGUCCAGUAACAAUCGUGCAAGGGCCACUCCCAAACUACAGCAUAGGCACAAAGUCAAAAGAAUCAAAAACAAGGGAUACCACUUUGCAUCCACUGAUUUUCAAGGAGGGGGGCCUUGCAGAUAAUACUUUGUUGACUUACAAGUUGAAGAAUGGAGAGGUUCUAAAGCAAGGGUAUAAGUGGGGAACAGGUAUCAUCUGUAACUGUUGCAGUCAAGAGUUUGCUCCUUCACACUUUGAAGAACAUGCUGGCAUGGGGAGAAGACGACAACCGUAUCACAACAUUUAUACACCAGAAGGUUCAACACUUCAUAAGCUAGCUCUGCAACUGCAAGAUCAUUUGAAUUCAAAUGGAUUUGACAAUGCUAGUGUUUCCAGCUUCAGUGACUACCCUAACCUUACUUCUGCAUCAGGUUGUGGCAGACAACCUUCUACUACCAGUGGACCUAUUGUUCCCCUGAAACGGACUUUACAAGGAAGAGUGGUCGAAACUGAGAGUUGCUAUUUUUGUGGGUAUGGCCACACAACGAUUGGAAAUAUCGAUCCAGACAUGAUUAUCUUCUGUAACCAGUGCGAGAGACCAUGCCACGUGAAAUGUUACAACAAUAGAGUUGUAAAAAAGAAGGUGCCUCUGGAAAUUUUGAAAGAGUACGUGUGUUUUCGCUUCUUGUGCUGCCAAGAAUGUCAAUUGCUUCGUGACCGUCUAGAAGAAGGACUGGAAAAGUGUGAAGAGAUUGCCUUCCUUAGACGGAUAAGAUCCAAUAUUUGUUGGCGGCUUUUAAGUGGAAUGGACGCAAGUAGGGAUGUCAAACUCUUCAUGCCUCAGGUCAUUGAUAUCUUCAAAGAUGCAUUUGUGGAAUCUACUGAUGAGCACAGUGACAUCUUCUCAGAUAUGGUUAAUUGCAAAAAUGGAGACCAAGAGAAGGAUUUUCGAGGAAUGUAUUGUGCACUGUUAACCGCAAGCACGCAUGUUGUGUCUGCUGCGAUUCUGAAAGUGCGCAUGGAACAAAUUGCAGAACUGGUCCUUAUCGCCACUCGUAGAGAGUGCAGAAAAAAGGGUUACUUCAUACUUCUCCUAAAGUCAAUUGAGGCAAAUUUGAGAGCCUGGAAUGUAAGCCUUCUUACUGCGCCUGUUGAUCCUGAAAUGGCGCAAAUCUGGUCAGAGAAGCUUGGGUUCACCAUUUUAUCAGCUGAAGAGAAGGAGUCAGUGCUGGAGUCGCACCCCUUGGUGAUGUUCAAGAACCUAGUCUUAGUGCAGAAAUCACUUGCUUGAGCAAAUCUAAUCUGUGUUUGCUUAACCUGGUUUGUGAUGUAUGGAAGAGAAUUUAUCUUUGUACAUAGUGCAGUUUAGUCUAGGAGAUGAUUCAGGGCACAGACCUUUCUAGAGACUAGACAGUAUGGACAUGAGUUUGUCUAUGUACCUUUUUCUUAAGUUAGAUACUCCUAUGAGAAAAGAAGUCUAGAUGUAUUGUGUACUCGGUGUGUUGUUAUUGCGCGUGUGCAGGGCGUCAUUUGCCACACAUGCUUCCAGGUACCAGCUUGGUGUGACUGCA